AUGUCGCAUCCUACCGCCCCGCCUUCCACCGUCCCUCUGACAAGCACAUUUCAAGCUCCCAUUUCAACUCACUACUCGGCUCCUCAACACUCAUACGGUUAUAUGUCAGGAAACUGGCCAUAUCAAUACCCGGUCCCCCAACAUCCCUCUGCGACGCAGCCCAGCUCGACGCAAUACACUCCUGCAUAUGCGUACCCAAGUUAUUAUCAUCAUCCCGCAUCAGUUGUAUCUCCAUACUCGCAGCAUAAUGGCUACAGUUACGCACCUCAUUAUC